AUGAAGCUUCAGCCGUGCUGUGACCCCCGCCUGGAGCAGCAGCGAACCUGUUGCAUGGGUGCAGAGGAGUUGCUCUCACCCCAGUGCAGCAGGCUGCAGGUGAGGGGCCUGGAGCUCACCCGCAAGCGCGUACCUGCCGAGCACCCACCUGCCAAGCACCCGUGCAGCCUUAUCUCUGCUGGAAGAGCAGGAGCAGCUGGGACAGUCCCUGCAAACGUGUUCGGCUCUGCUUUGUGUUUCGAGGUGGCCAGGAUGAAGCCCUUUGCCAGCAGCUCUGGGAUAUUGCCCCCUGCGCCGGACGCCGCGGCAGCCUGUGAUAUGCCUAGGAAGGAGCUGGGGCUGGAGAUGGCUGGCUCCAACUCCGGCAGCUGUGACAGCAUGGUCAGCACAGCCUCCAACCACUCGCAGCGUUGUUUGAUGUUCUUAGAAGAAACUAUUGGCUCACUGGAUGCCGAAGCGGACAGCGGGGUCUCCACCGAUGAGACUGACUACGUGGAGCCCUCCAAGCUGCCUGGGACGUGGCCUAAGAGAGACUCCGUUCCCCGGGAUUUGGAAAGCAGGGCUCCCCCUCCGAGUGUAGGUCAUCAGCGUGCAGCUGAACAGAAGAGCAGUAAGAGCAUCUCCACUUUCUCAAGCUCAGCUCCAGCAGCUGUUCCAAGCCCAGGCUACUACAGUCUUCCAAGGAGCAUCACUGUCGCAAACGCACAAAGAGCAAACGGAGCUUCUGACAGCAAAGCGACGGUCUGCACAGUGGAGGACCCAGCGCCAGUAGGUAAAUCUUCACAGAUGGCCAAGGAGUACAGGCUCGACCAAGCAAGCCCAGGCUACUACAGUCUUCCAAGGAGCAUCACUGUCGCAAACGCACAAAGAGCAAACGGAGCUUCUGACAGCAAAGCGACGGUCUGCACAGUGGAGGACCCAGUGCCAGUAGGUAAAUCUUCACAGGAGAUGGCCAAGGAGUACAGGCUCGACCAAGCCAACACAAGAAGCCAGAUGAAGUCCCUAGGAUCUUUGAUUAUCCAACCUCCAGAUCCCUUCCAGGAUGACUUGGUGAGCCAUGAGUGGUCACGUAGCAAUCGCUCAGAUGCCAAGAGGGAAACAGUCAAGGAGACAGAGGCUUGGACUUCAUGGGGCCAGCCAGAGAAAUUGGAAGAGAUCCCUCAGGACCCAGAUGCCAAGCGUGGGCCUCCAACUGCCCCAAAGCCACGGAAACUGCCACCAAAUAUUAUCCUGAAAACCAGCAAAAACAGCCCAGUGCCACUCACCACGGAGCUCGGCCACAAAGUAAAAGCACCACCACCAUUCUCAGCCGGCUCUCAGCCCAGCUCUGCCAGCAACACCACAGCCGAAAAGGCUAAUUUGGGGCACCUCGACCCCAAGGAGAGGGAGAAAGCCCGGCAGGAGGCAUUGGAGAAGCUUGGACUGUCUCAGGACAGGAGGGUUUCCAACACUCACCUUCAACCUGCCAUGCAAGCCCAGCCAAGGCAGAUGCCAUUGCCUGCCACUGGAGAGCCUGAGGCACUCUGCGGGGUGGCGGAGAGGUCAGCGCCAGGUAUCCGGCAGAUGAACUUCAAAUCCAACACCCUGGAGCGCUCCGGCGUGGGGCUGAGCAGCUACCUGACCAGCACCAAGGAGCAGAGCGUCAAGACCAGCAGCUCCCUGGGCAAGAUGUCCUUCAUCGAGAGGCUCGCCCCAAGCUUCCUCAGGAGCAGCCGCCCCCGGCCAGUAUCCCUCGGGGCAGGGAAGGACUUUGCUGGUCUGAAGGAGCCUGGGCAGGUGGAGCCGGAAAAGGGCAGCAAGUGGCGAUCCCACCCGCUGCAGAGCUUCCCCAAGCCAUCCCGCUCCAGCGUCAGCGUGAAGAUUUCCCCCAAGGGCGCAACGGAUGAGAACAGGCGAGAGGCACUGAAGAAGCUCGGGCUGCUGAAGGAAUAG